GGGGACAUACAGAAAAUGUAUCGUCAAAUCCUAAUUCAUCCAAAUGAUAGAGCAUUCCAAAGAAUAUUAUAUCAACCUGAAAAAAAUGGCCCUAUCAAAGGUUAUGAAUUGAAAACUGUUACGUUUGAAGUGAAUAGCGCGCCUUUUCUAGCAAUUCGUACGUUACAUCAACUAGCGUCAGAUUCAAAAGCGGAAUCUCCCAAAGCAUCAUCCAUUUUAAAGUAUGAGACUUAUGUAGAUGACAUAUUAACUGGAGGGGUUUCAAUUGAAGAAACUCGAGAGGCACAAAAUGAAUUAAUUAAAACUCUGAAGUCUGCUGGAUUUUUACUCAAGAAAAUAACAGCAAAUGAUACACAGUUAUUGGAAGAUUUACCAAAAGACAAUAUAUAUGAUUCCGAUUUUUUACGGUUUCAUGAAACUAGCUCCACAAAAACUUUAAGCAUAAAGUGGGAAGCAAUAUCAGAUACAUUUACAUAUACUUUUUCAGCACUAAGUCCAUCUACGAAAAUAACAAAACGCCAAGUUCUGUCAUCAGUCGCAAAACUGUUUGAUCCAGCUGGAUGGCUAGCCCCUAUAGUCAUCAGAGCAAAAAUAUGUAUGCAGCAGUUAUGGUUAGAAGGUAAAGACUGGGAUGAAGAAGUUUCUGAGGAAUCUCUACAAAAUUGGAACAAUUUAGUACAAGACUUAUCUGAAGUUGAACUAAUAUCAAUUCCCCGUUGGAUUCAACUUAUGCCUAAUGAUACAAUACAAAUUCACGGUUUCUGUGAUGCAUCGAAAUCUGCUUAUUGUGCCACUGUAUACAUUAGGUGUCAAACAAAAACUCAAAAUGUAUUCUCAAAUUUACUAGUAGCAAAAAGUAAAGUUGCCCCUUUACAAACUGUCUGCCUCCCGCGCUUAGAGCUUAAUGGCGCAGUGUUAUUAGCAAAUUUAGUUAAUUACGUAAUAAACUCUCUUAAUUUCAGUAAAAGCGAAAUAUAUUUGUGGACAGAUUCAGCUAAAGUCCUUGGAUGGUUAUCAAAACCACCUUCAUCAUGGGAAACUUAUGUGGCAAACAGAACAUCACGAAUACAUGAAUUAAUGACUAAUGUCACAUGGCGACAUGUUCCAACACAUGAUAAUCCAGCUGAUUUGGGCACACGAGGUUGUAAAGCACAAAAUUUGGUAAAUAAUUCACUUUGGUGGAAUGGACCAUCAUGGUUAAAAAAAACCAUAAUCAGAAUGGCCUAA